UUUUUCCUCAGCUGCCCUUAAGUUAUCCCUAACCUUCCGCCGCCGCCAGCUCUCUUUCCUUCCCAACCUUCCGCCGCUAGGAUCUACGUUCCAGCGUUCCAGCGUCCUCGCGUCUUCCAGCGUCUGCCAGCAUCUGUGUCCCUCACGUCCUCGCGUUCUCUAGCAUCUGCCAGCAGCCCUCACAUUCCAGCGUCUGCCAGCAUCUUCGUCCUUCCUUGCGCCCUUGCGUCCUCGCGUCCCUCCGUCUUCCAGCAUCUACGUCCCUCGCGUCUUCCAGCAUCUAUCAGCAGCCCUCGCGUUUCAGCUCUCAGCGUUUGCCAGCAGCCCUCGCGUCCCAGCGUCCUAGUAUCUCCCUGACUCGCGACCUGUAGUGUAUUUGGGUGUAUGGCAUACUGCUUCUUCAACCGUUGUAUCAUAACAGAACACUACGGUUGCUUUCUUUUACUUUUUUUUUCUACGUUGUAUUCGAAGGGCAUUUGAGUCUUUGAUAAUGUAUUUAAUGGAUUUAGAAUUUGUUUAGUCUCUAAAACCAAACAGGUAGGGACUAAAGUUUAGUCUUAGAACUAAAGUUUAGUCCUAUGACUAAUUAAAAUCAAACAUGGCCUAAAGAUUAGUCCUUCUAAUCAAACGGUGCUUAGAGCAUCUCCAAGAGACUUUUUAUUUUUAGCUCUAUAUUUGACUAUCUAUUUAUUUUUUUCAUAAAUAUUACACUUUUUAUGUAUCAUCUCACUCCAACAAACUAUCUAUCUAAUUUGGCUAGUCAGGUGGCUAGCUAAAUUUGACUAGUGAGAAAGUCAAUUUGAAGAGUCUGAUAACUUGGCGAGUCAGAUAGCUAAUCUGUUGGAGAGUUAUUUUGUUAUUGAGUAGUCAAAUUUUGGCUUGACGAAUUAUUUAACUAGUCUAUUUGGAGAUGUUAUUUUCCUAUUCCGGAUUACGAGUAACUGACUUGAGGAUGGGAUGGCAGUAUGGCACCAUCCGCCGCUUAGGUUAUCCGUUGGCCGUUGCCAUCCGUUUCUGAGUUCAUCAUUUCACAAUGACAGCCGGUACUUAUUUCUGAUAGUCACGAAUAUAAGUCCUUUAAACGCACACAUGAGAAAACUUCUAUUCUAAGAUUUUUCUGGCACGCUCAGCGAGGAUAUCACAAAUAUGUUUUGAGUUGGGCAAGCUGUCUCAAACUCUGCUCAAGAAAUCUGGAGGGCUCUUCUCUUCUCUGCCUGUCCGCCGCACCAGCUCCAGCCUGCAGCCAGCCGGCGGAGAAAAGCAGGGGAUUCGACUGGAGUCACCCUCGGAGCUUGCAUCUGGCAGUCCAGAGCACAGCAAAAGCAAAGCACCCGAUUCGAUUCCUAGGCACCAGGCUUUUCCAUCCAUGUCUUCCUUGCUCGACCUUUCCUCAUCUCCUUUCCAUCUUCCCCUGGCUCCUCUCGACCUUUCCGGUGGUUGGAGGACCAGAAGCUGAGCUAGCCGCCCACCUUCCGGACGCUGAUGUGAUUGACCCAGUCGGCUGGUUAGGAAUUUAGCAUCGCGAUACCUCCAGCGGUCCAGCCCAGCUUCCAGCACGGCAGUCGGUUGAGUCACCGUCCGCCACUCCGUUAGCAGCUGCCGGUCGAUCUUGCCGCGCAAGCAGCAGAAAGGCCGGCCCAGCGGCGCUUUCUUCAGCCAUGGCGUGCGCGGCGGCGCACAUGUUCGUGUACAACGCCACUCUCUGCGCCUGCGACCCUGGGUACUACCUCUUCACCAAUUCCACCGGCGGCGGCAACGCAAGCAGCGCCAGUACCAGCUGCGUGUCAUUGCCCCGCAGCGGCGACGGGUUCGGCGACUGGCAGGUCGGAUCCGUAGGCGCGUCCCGGAACCAGAGCUUCUACUUCCUGACCCCGGUCCUCUCUCUCGACGUCGUCCGCCGCCUCACCCAGUCCCAGGCCGUCAUCCUCUGGGUCGCGCUCCUCACGCUGCUCUCCUGGCUCGCCUUCUGCGCCGCCGCCAGGUUCGCCGGCCAGGACCCCGAGCGCCACAAGAAGCUCUUCGGCGCCCGGUUCUGGGUCAGCCGCCUCGACUGCAUCUUCGACAACAACCACUAUGCGAAUGAUCAGAAAGUACUGAGGAAAAGAAAAACAGAGCUGGGCGGCACGUUCUCAGUGGCUACCUUGAUACUAUUCCUUGGAUUAGUCAUAGUUCUGCUGUAUCAAGCCAUCAACAGGCGUAACGCCCAAGUACAUCGAGUGAAACCAGCUAAUGCUCCGGAUUUGCUAGAUUUCGUGAAUGACCUUGAGUUUCACAUAACCACUGUCUCAAGCAUGUCUUGCGCCCAAGUAGUGGCACCUUCUACAAUAGCAAUGGGAACUCCUGGGUUUAUGGACUUCAGGGUACUGCCACUGUCAACACUCUUGACCUACAGUUGCCAGAACACGAGUGAGGGCCCAUCAAUUACACUAAAGUGCAAUGGCUGCCGAAUCCCUCCAAGAGACCACUAUGUAUCCUGGCAGUUUGUUGACCUGCCAAGGCAACCGGCUGCCGCUGUUGGCUUCCAAUUUAACUUGACUGCGAGGGAACAUGGAGAUUAUAAAGAUAUGAGCUUUGUGAGUGGUACUUUAAGCUCUGACAACUAUGAUGAUGCCAAGCUGAAAACAUUCAGAGGGCCGGAUUCCAAUGUGCUCAAAAUUCAAUUGUUUCCUCAGAUAUACAACCACCUUCAUGGCUUGAAGCUCUUGCAGCCACUUGUUCAGGACUUCACUCAAGGUUCUAUCUUAUCAGAUCUGAGCAGCUUGAAUGCUUCCUUGCACAACCCUAGAGAUGGAGUUAUAAAUACUACACUCUUCAUAAGUUAUCUUUCUGACUAUAUUGUGGAGAUCAGCAAUGAGAAUGUGCUUGGCCCAGUCAGUAUUCUUGCGAGUAUUGGUGGCCUGUAUGCCUUCAGUGUUGCAUUUUUUCUCUGUCUCAUGGCUCAAUGUGAAGGCAGAAUAAAGAAGCUUCGUGACGAGGAUACCAGAAUGCUGAAAAUCCUGAGCAAACAACGCGCUCAACGAAAUUGGAACAAGGUUCGGAAGUUUGUCAUGUACACAUGGGGUCCAAGCAACUUGGAUCCAACCGAUAGAAGUGGAAAGUGGCCUGAAGGCUCGGUGAUGGAUUCCAUCCAUGGAUCCUUCCACAAGAUAAGAAAACCAACUAGAAGAGGAACCUCUAACGGGAGCAAACCUAAGGAGCCCGCUGACAUGGCAGUUGAAAUUGAAAGAGUUGGGGAGACACAGCAGCCAAGCAGUUCUAGGUAGCCUUGGUGGAUGGAGGUUCAGGACAUGUCGGUUCAUUGCUGCAGUACCUCUGACCAUGAUUUGCAAUACGACCAUACUCCCGGAGUGGAGCUGUCUAUAUCAAGAGUGUAGGUAGAGGCAAGUCAGCAAGUGACUAAAACUGUACAGGAUCAGUUUGAAGAGUCGUAGCAACAGGGUUCAAGGGCGUGUUGAAUGGCCAGUUGAUGAGCAGCAAGUAAUCUGCUUGAUGAGUUGGGGAGUUCCGUUGCUGGUUUAAGCUGGAGCUGGCUGCUUGUGAAGUCCGGUCAGGUGUCAGUCUUGUUAUUCUUUUUUAUUUCAUUUCAUGAGAAGGGAUAGAUAUUAUUUCCUUGAUUUGUACAUUUCACCUCCUUUGAUGCCAAAUUGUAAUUUGGAAGAAAUCAGGAAGAAGCAAGGAAAGACCGCUAUUAUUCGUAGGAAGGUUUGCUACAUGAGUACAGGGCACGCAUAGCAUAGGAUAUGAGUACAGGGGCUGCACAGGAUCUGUUUGGUUUGGUUGGCUGUAUAAGCCUAUUCAAAGUGCAAAUUUCAUUUGAGUUU